AUGAGCGGGGGGGGGGGGGGGGGGAGGGGGGGGGGGGGGGGGGGGAGGGGGGGGGGGAGGGGGGGGGGGGGGGGGGGGGGGAGGGGGGGGGGGGGGGGGGGGGGGGGGGGGGGGGAGGGGGGGGAGGGGGGGGGGAGGGGGGGGAGGGGGGGGGGGAGGGGGGGGGGGGAGGGGGGGGGGGAGGGGGGGGGGGGGAGGGGGGGGGAGGGGGGGAGGGGGGGGGGGGGGGGAGGGGGGGGGGGGGGAGGGGGGGGGGGGGGGGGAGGGGGGGGGGGGGGAGGGGGGGGGAGGGGGAGGGGGGGAGGGGGGGGAGGGGAGGGGGGGGGGGGGGGGGGGGGGGGGGAGGGGGGGGGGGGGGGGAGGGGGGGGGGGAGGGGGGGGGGGGGGGGGGGGGGGGGGGGGGGGGGGGGGGGGGGGGGGGGGGGGGGGAGGGGGGGGGGGGGGGAAGGAGGUGGAGAUAAGGAAGAAAAUUCUCAUUUUAACAAGCGCGAGGAUGACUUCAAGUCAAUGGAAGAUUAUGAUUUGUACCUAGAGAAAAUCGAGGAAAUAAUUUAUAAUCUCGUGAACGAUAUUGACGUGGAAGAAACGAAACGAUAUAUCGAGGCCUAUAAGAGGGAGAAUAAAGAUAUCAUAAAGAAGAACCGCCUAAAACAAUCCUCCUCGAUUGCGUUUUACGAAGCUGAACUUGAGCGGGAGAAAAUGUUGCGCGAGCAACUCGAAAAAGAAGAUGAGGAGUUGCGAAACCAAUUGUUUAAAGCAUCAUCCUUAGGCUCAGGCGUGAACAGUACUCCACCUGAUUCUCGAGGUCAUAGGGAUUUACUCAGAACUCCGCCUCCAUCCUCGGGCUAUAUCGAUGACAUCAAUACUGUUCGUUCAGUCACGAAACCGCCACCCUCAACCAUAAAGCCGGUUCCUCCUUCAACUCCCCAGUUCUUUUCUCCAGCCAGCUCUUUGCCUACUCGAAUGAGACCCGAUUACGUUUACAUCCCUCCUCCUCCCAGCGCCGUUCGCGGUGGCUCUCUUGCUCCUCCCUCAUUGUUGCCGGCCCCUACAUCCUCGGUUGGUGUGAAUUGGGGAAUACAUUCUCAUCACCAAGUUAGUAUGCCAUUGAGAAUUCCACAACAACCGAGGCAACCUGAUACGGUUCUUAUCCCCACACACACCAAAGCGAGUUCUUCAUCUAAUCGCGUUGACAAUGAACAAGGUGCCUUCGUCCACAAACCGUACCAGUUCGAUCUCUCUGGACCCCCUUUCCCGUCCACAGAUCAUGUGCGAUGGCCGGAAAUUGUACAGGUUUAUAACGAUGCCAUCGUUCGUCCGCUUUGUCUCUCACAAUCUACCGUGAAGAAAACAGCUGAAUCGCCCCCAAGGCUAGAUGUUAAAAAGACUGAUGAGCGCGACUUAUCUGACUGCAAACCAUUACGCUCAUUUAGACACAAGAGCCGUUUGAAGAUGGAGUCUAUGGAAGUCGAUGAAGCACAGCUCAAAGUUGAACCAGUUGAAUCCGAGCGAAACUCUGUCCCCACCGCGCCCUCUUCAUUAAAUUCUUUGCACGGCCUACCAACGGGUGCUUGUGGUCUUGCUCCGGUUGUUUUCCUUCAGAGCAAGCAGUCAACACCACAUAUAUUACUCUUGCCACACGGAAGUGCGGUUUCUCAGCACGUAUCUGGCACACCGGAUUUGAAAUAUUUGAUAUUAUAUCAACAGAUAACUGCUUGCGCGUGGGUCUCCAGUAUUCCGCUAAACGUCGCUAAGUCACUUUUAUGGACCAGAGUUCUUGGCACUCAAUUCCUACACGGUCGGCUGCGAACUGUCUCAGCUACUUCUAUGGGUAACAAAUGUGUGGACGAAGUGUGUGAUGGGAAUUGCUUGCCUGCAGUUCGCAACGACGUACUCUUAGACAAAAGUCGUUUUGACGAUGUGGUACCGAUGCUGGUUGUGGGCCUGGUUUGCGAUUCUAAAUUUUCUCGCGUUUGUCAGGAUAUCAAGAGUUGCUUCCAUACAUUUAUUCGGAUUCCAAGAUUGACACGAACAUACCGGGAUUCCUUGGGUUUGUUGCGCAAACUGAUGCUGCUAAACCUGUCGUCUUUCGAUGACGGAAGUCCAUCAUUCGCACUACUGAGGUCCCACAACAUCGAGAUUUCUUUUGAUCCGUGUCCUUUGGAUGAAUCGGUCGUUGCGACGCAUGUGUUUCAACCAACACGGACACCGCGGGCGAUGGAUAGCUCUGUUCCCACUCUUGUUCCUGAUAUGGUAGAUGCUAUAAAAGGCCCUGGGCGCGUGUGUCUGACAGUUGGAUACGAAAACUAUCCCUUCGAAGCGACAUUAAGAGCACUACUUCCAAAUCACGUGUCACCAAUCUCCGGGUUCACCAUGAUCGGACAUGUGGCGCAUUUUAAUUUGAAACCAGACGCUUUACCAUUUAGGCGUUUGAUUGGUCAAGUCGCCUUGGAUAAACUCGCCAAUAUUCGCACAGUCAUCCACAAAGCAGCCAGCAUCGAUUCAACUUACCGUACAUUCCAAAUCGAUCUAAUGGCAGGUGAUCCGGAUUAUGUGACGGCAGUGAAGGAGCACAACUUGACCUUCCAUUUGGAUGUUUCAAAGGUGUACUGGAACUCCCGUUUGGAGGCCGAACACUCGCGAAUAAUCGAUAGGCUUUUGAAACCAAUGACAUGCGGUUCCCAUGGUGCUAAGAUUGGGCAGUUAGCACCAGAACAUGUUGUUGUAUACGACAUCUUCGCCGGCGUGGGACCCUUCGCCAUUGCUGCAGCGAGACUCGGUUGCCAAGUGCUCGCCAAUGAUUUAAAUCCGGAUUCCUAUAAGUGGCUGGAGCAAAAUAUUUCGGUGAACCGUUCACGGAAACGUCGUUUGGAAAAUAUCCGAAUUUUCAACAUGGACGGUAGGGAGUUCAUACGACAAGUUUUGCUUCCACACUACCGAGAAGCUCUGACAAAAGAGGAAAAGCCACAUCGCUUUGUGGUAGUCAUGAAUUUGCCAGCCGCUGCUCCGGAAUUUAUGGACGCUUUCGUAGAUGAAUCACUCGUUGAAAGCGACUAUGCUUUAUUGACAGUCCCUGUAGACUUUUACUGCUACUGCUUCGUGCGCAGGAAUGUGGAGGACGAGAAUACGGUCAAAGAGCGCAUCACCAAAGCAUUGGAACCUUCAAGGACAGCUGAUAACGAGGACUGCGGUUUACGACCGACUACGAGACUGCGCUCUUGGACACUGAGGCUGGUCCGAAACGUCGCUCCAUUCAAGGACAUGUAUUGUGCUGAAUUUCAGCUCUGGCUUGCAGCAACACGAAAUGUUGCGGAAGAAACGUUUGCGAAUGGAGCCAUGGAGAAUAAGAAACAAAGGCUGGAAGCUGAUCUGUAAAUUUCCCGACCACUGAAAAACACUUGUUUUUUAAGUACUCCCUGUAAAAUUCUGCUAAAUAUCUGAAACAGUUGUGCGAUAUGUAUUGGGUUUGCUAUUUUGUUGAUCCUAUACUUUUCAAUUGGAGACCAUAAUGGUUUGUGAUUUACGCCUGCGCAGUUUCCAUUCAGACGUCGUUCGAGUUAGAGUUUUCCGAAAAGCCUUGACCGAGCUCCGUUAGUGAACUUUUUGGAUACAUUAUUGAUUUUUGUUUCGACGUUCUUUGGGAUGAACGACGACCCAUCAUCAGUAUAUCGCAAGUACUUUUUCCAUGGCUGAUUGACUUACGCCCGAUUUGCUUUUACACGUAAUCCGUCACACUUUGAUUCAGUCAGGCCAACAGCAAAUACUCACUGACGCUUCGUGCCGUACCGCUUCACUACCUAAAGGCACACUGACGAUGUCACCUCGACUGGUAACGAAAUGUUUGUAGCCAAACUGCCGAGCUCAUUGAACACUCAGCCCACUAAGUGCACAACCUGACCUAGCAACACUUGCCUAUUUAUCACUUUCUAUAUUACUGGGUGACGUUUCUAAACGUCGGAACUCGUUUGACAAAAUUAUCUGCACCGUUGGUAAUCAGUCUCACGCUCCCACGUUCGAAAGACACCAUUGGAAAUCACUGUGCCACAUCAUGAUCCGAAUUGGUGCUACUCAUCUUCCACUGCAGCUCACUUCUUUUCUGUGUAACGAUUGUCUUAUAGCGCUUACUGCUGCUCCAAGCUUUUCACUUUUC